AUGGCGACCGAGCACGGAACGAUGCCGGUCAAUGGCACCUUCGGGUCCCAUCAGACGCAGGGUUAUGGCGCCUCAGAGCACAACUAUGGCGCCCACAACACCAACAAUGUUACCUCCGCCAACGCAGGUUAUGGUGCUGGUGCCGCUACAGCAAACGCACAGCAGUCCAGCGAGCAACCGCACGCUGAGGUUCCCAAGGACGAGGUUGGAUGGUACUUCGUUGAGUCCUACUAUACCACUCUCAGCAGACAGCCCGAGAAGCUAUACUUGUUUUACAACAAACGCUCGCAGUUCGUCUCCGGUGACGAGGAAACCAAGCUGCCAGUCUGCAUAGGUCAGAAGGCGAUCAACGAGCGCAUCCGCGAACUUGAUUUCCAAGAUUGCAAGGUGCGCGUCACGAACGUCGAUUCUCAGGGUUCUGACUCUAGCAUCGUCAUCCAAGUGAUUGGUGAGAUGUCCAACAAGUCCCAACCCCGUCGAAAGUUCGUUCAAACCUUUGUCCUUGCCGAGCAGACCAACGGAUACUUCGUUCUGAACGACAUCUUCCGGUAUCUUAAGGAAGACGAGGAGGAGCUCGUUGAGGGUGAAGAGACACAACCAGAGCAGCCUGCAGCCACUGCCGACAUCGAAGAACCAGCACCACCUGCCGAAGACCCUACACCAAAGACCCUUACGAGCUCGGAGGACACUGCUGCUCAGGGAUACGACGCGGAACAAGUCGACAAGGAGCUCGAAGAGGUCAUUCGGCAGGAUGAGACCGCCGAGAAGGAGACCUCACCGCCCCCAGCUGCAGUAAUCAACGGCACUCCUGUUCCCGAGACCGACAUUGAUGAAGCCGAGGAGGCACCAGUUGCUGCAACCACUGCCGAGGAAUCCCAAGAGGAUGCGCCAAGCACCGCUGAAGCCGCCGAAGCUAGCCCUAAGCCGUCACCGGUCGCUGAACCAGCCAAACCCGCGCCUGCCCCGCCAGCAGCUCAAGCUCCGCCUCCAAAGCCCGCUGCGCCGAAGACGUGGGCAAGUCUUGCCGCGUCUGCAAACCGUCCCAAGGCAGCUCCUCCUGCCCCUGCCCCGGCCCCCGCUCAAGCGUCCGCACCGAGUGUAUCGGCUUCGGAGACACCGGCCACUCCUACAGCUCCUGCGCGCGAAACAUCACCAGCGACCAGUCAAGGGGACUCAUCGUCUGGCUGGCAAGCUGUCGGUGGAGACAACAAGCGCCAAUCACGAGCUCAGGCGCAAUCAACUGUUACCGAGCAGCCGAACACCCGCGCGUAUAUCAAGAAUGUGCACGAAGGCAUCGAAGGAGAAGCCUUGAGAUCUGCGCUUACUAAGUACGGCGAGCUCCGCUAUCUCGACAUUUCUCGACAGAGGAGCUGUGCGUUUGUCGACUUUGCUACCCCUGCGGGUUAUGAGGCCGCCAUCGCCGCAAACCCGCUUGUUGUUGGGAGUGACCAGCUUAUCGUCGAAGAGCGGCGCAUGCGUCCCGGCCAGUACGAGCCAUUCCGCGGGCGACCUGGUGGACCUCGUGGUCGCGGCGAUGGUCGCGGCGGCCAAGGCCGUGGCGGCUUCAAGCAGGACGGUCCUCGCGGUGGCUUUCCGCCCCGUGGCCGUGGCAAUGUCACUCCUCGCGGUCGUGGCGGUCCUCAGGCUGCAUAG